AUGGUCGCGCAACGAAAAUUUAAGUCCAAAUCGCCUCAUGGCGACGAGGCCGGGAUCCCAAAUUCACUUUUUGUGAACGGGGAUCAAGUGGAACGGAGCAGAAGUCUCCAAACUCUGAAUUGGGCUGUUUCCCAACGGGAGAAAAAAGACUUUUCACAUUGUUGUUUGUUUGCGAGAGUCCGUUGGAGCAGUGGGAAGACCUCGGCGUUCACAAGAGACCCGAACGGCGGGGGUGGACGUGGCCGGGGCCGGGGAGCUGGAGCGGAGUUGCUGCCUUGCCGAAGAAAAGCGAGAGCGGAGCAACCUGCGGAGGUUGGAGGUGCGGGGCUGGCUGACACGGGACCGAACAAAAGCGUGAACGCGGCCGGGGCAGAAGUGUGCCCGCAGACAGCAGAUGUUAACAGCUCGGCGGUUCCCCGAAGUGAGGCAAACCAGGAAGUGGCCCUGCCGGGUCCCUCGGGAGGCGGGGUGAAACCUGAGGAGGCAGGCGGAGUUGGUGACGAAACGGGGCUCAGGCAGGAGGCAGAACACAAAGGCGGAGACCAGGGCGGAGACGGGAGCGCGGCAGCGCCGGCCCCUCAUCCCCCCGCAGACGCGGCGGCAGCAGUGGCAGUGACGCGCAGGCGCAGAAGCGCGGCCCGGCGGUACCUGGCGGCGGCAAACAGCCCGGCACGGCAGAGCGGGGCCGGGCACAGCCCUGCUAGCGGGAUCGCAGAGACAGUUACACAGACAACAGCAGCGCAGACCCCCGCCCCAGGCAGCCCCCACCCCGCCACGGUGGCGCUGCGCUGCCCACUUCCUCCAAGCUCCAAUUCCGAUGACUCAGGGUCAGACCCCUCUGCCGUCAAUUGUAGCAGGAAGAAGCGAUCACAAAACAAGAUACAAAGAUCAAAUACGUUACAACAAAAAAUAGCCCAGCUUGCCACCCUUUCAAAUCGUCAGGCUCAACCAGUGGAACCUCCCACUCGCCAGCAAUUGGCAUUGCCAGCAGUUUUAAAAAAUCCAUUGCAGUCCUGAUGGGCAUCAGUUGUGAAGGAUGCUCUUUUAGACGGUGACUGGAAGGCUGUCAGCUCCCUGGCUUGUCCUGUCAUAGUGUCUAAUGGGAAUGCCAUCUGGUAGCCUCAUGAGUGGA